AUGUGGCUCGCUAGCUCUUGCGCAUAUCGACGGGCGUUAGAAGGCAGGGAGAAGGUACUUAGACACAAGUAUCCUGACACGCUCACCAGUAUCAGUAACCUUGGCUUCGUGCUUCACAAGCAGGGGAAACAUAAAGAGGCGGAAGCGAUAUAUCGACGGGCAUUCAAAGAAUAUAAAGAGCUGCUUAGACGUAAGCAUCCUCACACGCUCAUUAGUGUCAAUAACCUUGGCUUCGUGCUUCACAAGUUGGGGAAAUAUGAAGAGGCGGAAAUUAUGCAUCGACAGGCGCUAGAAGCUCGAGAGAAUGUACUUAGAUACGAGCAUCCUCACACAAUCAAUAGUAUUAACAACCUUGGCUUAGUACUUGACAGCUAA